UCCCGAGGGCUGUCGGGAGUCUCGCGAGGGAGGGUGUACCGUUGCCCUAGAAACGAGUAGGCGUCGCCUCUCGGGGAAGGGCGUGGCUGAGGCUGUUAACUACAGCGGCGUUCCUUGGAGCGGCUAGACUCUGGGUAUCUCCGGUAGGACCGCUGCGGGGACGACCGGCCAGGCCAGAGGACUCGGGGCGGGGGCGAGGGCCCGGCCCAGGCGGUGGAGAGGGAGAAGACAUCGCACACCCGACGCCCCUUGCCCGAAGCGACCGCGCGUUCCAGAAAAUGAGCUCCUCCCCAUAUUGCCGGCUCCAGAAGUGAGGGUGGGAGCAGCAGCUUACCGACCCGACUUGCGGCUUGUGAAAGUGCUCAGUCCUCCCCACCGAGAAAGUGACCGUGCCUGGCCGCACGCCUGCCCCGCGCAGCUGGGCUUGGAAGCGUCUGCUUUUGCCUCUUCUGCCGCAGACGUGGAAGCUACCCGGGAAGCGCCCGUUAGCCAAUGUGUGUGCGCGGCUCUCCUGAAGCCCAGCUUCUCCAUGACAGCAGGUCAGCGCGCGGCUGUGCCUCGGAAGGAAGCCGAGUCAGGCUUUAUGCCAAGUUUUCCAGACUUGGGGUUGUGGUGAUCCCCGGGUUGAGACUGAAGUCUCUUAAUACUGGAGGAGGUGUCUUCUCUGUUGCCUGAAAAUUGUUUUACAGCCUACCUACAUAAUAAAUUUCAAGCCAGACAUUGGAAGAAAUGUCAGAAGAUUCAGAAAAGGAAGACUAUUCAGACAGAACAAUCAGUGAUGAUGAAUCAGAUGAGGAUAACUUCAUGAAAUUCGUAAGCGAAGAUAUCCACCAGUGUGCACUUUUAACAGCUGACUCUAUUAGUGACCCAUUUUUCCCCCGAACUACUCAGAUACUAUUGGAAUAUCAACUAGGGAGAUGGGUGCCACGUCUUCGUGAACCACGAGAUUUAUAUGGUGUCUCUUCUUCUGGUCCGCUGAGCCCAACACGGUGGCCAUACCACUGUGAGGUCAUUGAUGAAAAGGUCCAGCAUAUCGAUUGGACUCCUUCUUUUCCUGAGCCAGUGUACACCCCAACAGGCCUAGAGAUGGAACCCCUUUAUCCAAACUCCAAGGAAAACACUGUAGUUUAUCUAGCUGAAGAUGCUUACAAGGAGCCCUGUUUUGUGUAUUCCCGAGUAGGGGGCAACCGAACACCCCUGAAGCAGCCUGCGGAUGACUAUAAUGAUACUUUGACAUUUGAAGCAAGGUUUGAGAGUGGAAAUCUGCAGAAGGUAGUCAAAGUGGCAGAAUAUGAGUACCAGUUGACCCUGCGCCCUGACCUCUUCACAAAUAAACACACCCAGUGGUACUAUUUCCAAGUCACUAAUACCCAAGCAGGAAUAGUCUACAGAUUCACUAUCAUCAAUUUCACUAAGCCUGCUAGUCUUUACAAUCGGGGUAUGCGCCCACUGUUUUACUCUGAAAAAGAAGCCAAGACUCAUAAUAUUGGCUGGCAGAGAAUAGGAGACCAAAUCAAGUAUUACAGGAACAACCAGGGACAAGAGGGGCGCCAUUAUUUCUCUCUCACAUGGACAUUUCAAUUUCCACACAACAAAGACACCUGCUACUUUGCUCACUGCUAUCCAUAUACUUACACCAACCUGCAAGAAUACCUUUCUGCUAUCAAUCACGACUCCGUACGGUCCAAGUUUUGUAAAAUACGUGUCUUGUGCCACACAAUGGCUAGGAACAUGGUGUAUGUAUUAACGAUCACUACUCCCUUGAAGAACACGGACUCAAGAAAGCGAAAGGCUGUGAUUCUGACUGCAAGGGUCCAUCCAGGAGAAACCAACAGCUCUUGGAUCAUGAAAGGCUUCCUAGAUUAUAUUUUAGGAAACUCGAGCGAUGCGCAGUUGCUUCGGGACACUUUCAUCUUCAAGGUGGUACCCAUGCUGAAUCCAGAUGGUGUGAUUGUGGGAAAUUAUCGUUGUUCCUUAGCUGGACGAGAUUUAAACCGUAACUAUACAUCUCUCCUGAAGGAAUCCUUUCCUUCUGUUUGGUAUACCCGGAACAUGAUCCAUAGAUUGAUGGAGAAACGAGAGGUUAUUUUAUAUUGUGACCUUCAUGGCCAUAGUAGAAAAGAGAACAUCUUCAUGUAUGGCUGUGAUGGUAGUGACAGGUGUAAGUCAUUAUACUUACAGCAACGGAUCUUUCCACUUAUGCUGAGCAAAAAUUGUCCGGAUAAAUUUUCAUUCUCAGCUUGCAAAUUUAAUGUUCAGAAGAGCAAAGAGGGCACAGGAAGGGUAGUAAUGUGGAAAAUGGGAAUCAGGAACAGCUUUACCAUGGAGGCUACUUUUUGUGGAUCUACCCUGGGUAAUAAACGGGGCACUCAUUUCAACACAAAAGACUUGGAGUCAAUGGGAUAUCAUUUUUGUGAUUCUCUCUUGGACUAUUGUGAUCCAGACCGAACCAAGUAUUAUCAGUGCCUGAAAGAAUUAGAAGAAAUGGAAAAACAUAUAAACUUAGAAAAAAUCCUUGAGGAUUCAGAUGCUUCUCUGAAAGAAAUGACACUGGAUCUAGACUCUAGUAGCCGAGGCUCUGACAGUUCAGAAUCCAAUGAGUCUCAGACUUACCUUCUCAAGUUGACUUCUCAGAUAAAAAACAAGAAAAAACACUUGAAAACAAAGAAGGAAAGAAAUUCUACCAUAGCAAGUCAUCAGAACACCAGAGAAGAGCAAGAGGCGUGUGAUAAAGGACAUUUAGUGCAAAGACACAGAGAAUCAGAUUCUGAAGUGAAAGAUAUAAAGCCGAAUGUAUCAGAUGAGUGUAUAUUUGAUUAUUUCAGAAGAUCAUUUUCUAAUCAAGGUUUGGUGAAAAUACCGGGACGAGCUCCUGCUUGGUUUCUAAAAAGAUAUUUGAGCUCCCAAAAUAGGAUUCAGAGGCUCAGCAAAGACCAACAAAGACAGUUGUUAGAAACUGGUGAGAAGACAAUCCACGAAAUAAUUCAGCCCAAGAGCACUAAUUUGUAUGGAAACUGUUUCAAAGUAAAAUCCUUCAAGUGUCCCAUGAGCACGCAAACUCCCAGCUGGGCUGAGAAGACAAGGAUACCAGCAGAAGAUCUGCGUCGCAACUUUAAAAGCAGAAUGAAAGAAUGUACUUCUUUCCCGAGCAAGAAGACUGGCAUAAAUUGGACAGAUGAUGAAAAGAGAAUCUACAGGGAUAAAAGAAUAGCUCAAACUCAAGAGAUUCUACAGUAUUUGCUCCCUAUCAUGGAAAGCACUAAAAAUGUACAAACCCCUCAGAAGAAACAAAUGCUCAACCCAAGAACCAACUUCCAAAUUCAACAUCAACAAAAGCCAGCAACUUACAUAAAUGUAAAGAGAUUCAGCACAUCUUGGACACCACCCAGAAAUCACCCUCUUAUAAGCCAACGGAAUCUGACAGUCAGCUCUCUAGAGUGGCUCCAGUCCGUGUCCCAGAGACCACUUGAAAACCUGUCACCUCUCAAAGUGCCCAAGAAAAAGAAAAAACACUCUCGAAUCAAGGCCACAAAGACUAAAGACGUAAAACCUGUCACCAGCAAAUGGGAGGCUUAUCCCUCAAGUCUCGAAAAGGACGCGGAUAUUAGCAAAGAAAAGAGUCUUCAAGCUGAAGAAUGCAACGAGCAAAACUCUUUGCAAAUAGCUCCACAUCCAGCUAAAAAUAAGGAUGAGCAACCAAGUAAGAAGUACGGACAACCUGCCUUCUAUUUGAACCUCCAGAGGGACAAAUAAUUCAGCUUUAUGCUACUCUGAAAACCUUGGAUGAAAAUACCCUAUGCUUACCUAGUAAAAAGGAAAAGAAAGAAAAAAGCCCUCCCUACCCACUCUCGCGCGCCACCCCCCCUUACAGAUACAUAUGCAUAUCCCAACUACAAGGUCCAGAUAACCCAUCUUCAUUAGUGGCAACAUCUUUCAGAGAUUUAGAAAGAAAUCCAGAGAAAAUACAGAAAAUUUAAAAUCACUUAUUUAUAUUUAAUUUUUGUCAGGAUGGAAAAAAAAUCUAUGAACUUCUGAAUUCUUCCAAAACAACGUGUGCAUUAGAACACCAAAAAACUAAGAACUCAAGGACGGAAUGACAUCUACUAUCAAUGACUCUAACAUUCCUAGUAGGCACCUUAAUAAAUCAAUCAACAAACAUCUUUUCUUGAAUUUCUUUUAGUGUGCUAGAAACCAUCAAUGGUAUAAAAGACAUUUCUCCCCACUAGAUUACUGUAUAAUUGUACAUGUAAAACACACAAGACUAACAUAAUUACAGAGUAAGAUGGUACCUAGGAAAGUGCUAAGUUGUACACAUGUGACAGUUAAAGAAAAUACUAUGUAUUAAAGGGUGUUAAUUGCACAAAGCAAGUGUGUCACAAAAUAGCACCGAAAUGGAUAGUUGAUGGUUUACAGUGGUCAUUUUACUUCUCAAAAUGUAGCAACAAUGUAAAAGAUGAGAUGUGCUGUUUGCUUUAGAGCUAAUAAAUGUCCAUUUCCAGCCAUUUAUUUAUGUGAAAGCAAGUGGAACAUCUCAGUUUGUCAUUCAUAAGACAGUGGAGGGAUUCCUCAAGGACACUAUAGAGAAAUAGGUACGUCAGGCAAAUAAGUCAAGAUGGAUGUGAUGAGUGAGAAAAGAGAUACAGGCUAUAAGCUAAUUAGGUUAUGGUAGCAAGACGGAACUAAGAAAUCCCAAGGUUGGGUAGUCUACUCCCAACAAUCCCAAAAGCCAGAGGGUUCGAGAACUCACUGGGGUAGUAAAAGAGUAACUAUAUUUCUGUUUUGGUUUUCUGUUUUAAUAGAGUUUGUUUUUUAGAAUAAGUUCACAGCAAUACUGAGCAGAAAGUAUUUCCCAUAAACCCCUGGACACCCACACCUACAUAGCCUCCCCAUUAUCACCAUCGCCCACCAUCUGUUAGAACUAAGGACCCUAUACUGAUACAUCAUGACGAUCCAAAGCCCAUAGUUUACAUUAGGGUUUACUCAGGAUGUUGUACUUUCUGUUGGUUUGGACAAAUGUCUACUGAGAUCUACCAUUACAGUACCAUACAGAUUAGUUUCACUGGGGCCCCUGGGCUUGCUCAAUUAAGCAGAGUCCUGGGAUCAAGUCCUGCAUCUGGCUCCCUG